CUGCUCGUAUUUUUAGACCGGCUGCAAUGUGACCGAUUAUCCACUCGCCUGUCUUAUAUAUAUAUAAAUUUAAAAAAACACAACCGGCAGGCGGCACCUAGUGUUAGGUUUCUAGUUCAGACUGAAGGGAAUGGCGUUCCGGACAGGAGCUGCCGUGGACAAGCCGCACAGAGCCGAUGCUGCAACCAGUUUCCUCAGGGCUGCAAGAUCAGGAAACUUGGACAAACUCCUCGACCACUUAAAGAAUGGGGUGGAAAUCAACACGUGUAACCAGAAUGGGCUUAAUGCACUCCACCUGGCCUCCAAGGAAGGGCAUGUCAAGGUGGUGUCGGAGCUGCUGCACAAUGGCAUCGAUCUGGAAGCCGUGACAAAGAAAGGGAACACAGCCCUACACAUUGCAGCACUGGCUGGACAGGAGCAGGUGGUGAAGGAGCUUGUUGACUAUGGAGCCAACAUUAACGCUCAGUCCCAGAAAGGAUUCACUCCACUUUACAUGGCAGCACAGGAGAACCACCAGGAGGUUAUGAAGUUUCUUCUCGAAAAUGGCGCCAGCCAAAAUAUUGCAACUGAGGAUGGAUUCACCCCCUUGGCCGUUGCACUACAGCAGGGGCACGAGAACGUGGUGGCUCACUUGAUAAACCACGGGACGAAGGGGAAGGUGUGCCUGCCUGCCUUGCACAUCGCUGCACGGAAUGAUGACACACGGACUGCAGCUGUCCUCCUGCAGAACGACCCCAACCCUGACGUGCUGUCCAAGACUGGCUUCACUCCGCUCCACAUCGCAGCACACUAUGAGAAUCUGAACGUGGCUCACAUGCUGCUGACCAGAGGGGCCAACGUCAACUUCACUCCCAAGAAUGGAAUCACAGCACUACACAUUGCUUCCCGAAGAGGGAACACAAAUAUGGUUAGGUUCCUGCUGGAUCGUGAAGCUCAGAUUGAUGCACGGACAAAGGAUGAGCUGACGCCUCUUCACUGCGCUGCCAGGAACGGCCAUGUGCAGAUUGCUGAGAUUCUACUGGAUCGCAACGCUCCGAUUAUGGCCAAAACCAAGAAUGGCCUCUCCCCCAUCCACAUGGCAGCACAGGGUGACCACCUGGACUGCGUCCGCCUCCUGCUCCAGUACCAAGCCGAAAUCGAUGACGUUACGCUCGAUAACCUGACCCCACUCCACGUGGCAUCUCACUGUGGGCAUCACAAGGUGGCCAAGGUCCUCCUGGACAAGGGAGCAAAGCCCAGCGCCCGAGCCCUGAAUGGCUUCACCCCAUUGCAUAUUGCAUGUAAGAAGAACCAUAUCAGGGUGAUGGACCUGCUCCUGAAACAUGGAGCAUCGCUAGAGGCUGUAACUGAGUCAGGACUGACGCCGCUCCAUGUCGCUGCCUUCAUGGGAAACCUGAAUAUUGUCACCAAGUUACUACAGCAUGGAGCCUCCCCAAACGUAUCCAACGUGAAAGUAGAGACUCCGUUGCACAUGGCAGCAAGAGCGGGCCAGACUGAGGUGGCGCGGUUCUUACUCCAAAACAAGGCUCAAGUCGAUGCCAAAGCCAAAGACGACCAGACUCCCCUGCACUGUGCUGCUCGCCUGGGCCACCUGGAGGUCGUCAAGCUUUUGCUGGAGAAUGGAGCGUGCCCGAAAUCGGCGACUACUGCAGGCCAUACGCCCCUGCACAUUGCCUCGCGGGAGGGGCAUGUUGAAGUCGCAGAGAUCCUGCUCGACCACGGAGCCUCACAGACCAGAAUGACAAAGAAAGGGUUUACCCCAAUCCAUGUCGCUGCCAAGUACGGUAAAAGGCAAGUUAUGGAACUGCUGCUUCGACGAGGAGGUCAGCCCAACGCUGCAGGAAAGAACGGGCUGACCCCACUCCAUGUGGCAGUUCACCAUGACAACCAAGACAUCGUGAAGCUUCUUCUCGAACAAAAUGCAUCUCCGCAUGCCACGGCACGGAACGGCUACGCCCCACUACACAUCGCCGCCAAGCAGAACCAGACGGAGAUAGCGAGGAUCCUGUUGGAGUACGGAGCCUCGGCCAACACGGAGUCCUUCCAGGGGAUGACACCUUUGCACCUGGCAGCCCAGGACGGCCACAUGGAGAUGGUCAACUUGCUCCUUAGCAAUGAAGCAGAUACCAACCUGAGCAGUAAGAAUGGCCUGACACCGCUACAUCUGGUGGCUCAGGAGGACCGUGUUCCAGUGGCUGAAGUACUCACCAAUCAUGGGGCGUCUCCUGAACCAAUGACAAGGUCUGGAUACACACCACUGCAUAUGGCCUGUCACCAUGGAAACAUGAACAUGGUGAAGUUUCUGCUCCAGAACCAGGCGAACGUCAAUUGCAAAACCAAGAUUGGACACACGUCUUUGCAUCAAGCUGCACAGCAAGGCCACACGGAUGUCGUUACUCUCCUCUUAAAGCACGGAGCGUCUCCAAAUGAAACCACCAUGAAUGGAAGCACAGCGUUAGCGAUCGCAAAGCGGCUUGGGUACAUCUCCGUAACGGACGUAUUAAAGAUUGUCACUGACGAGACCAUGAGCACAGCUGUCACUGAGAAGCACAGGCUGAGUUUUCCCGAAACCAUUGAUGAAACCCUGGAUGUGUCGGAGGAUGAAGGAGAAGAUGUCCUUGGAGUAGAUGCAAACAAGUACCUGAAACAGGAUGACUCAAAGGAGCCGGAAGAUGACUACUUAUCUGCAAAGAAGACAUCUGAUUUUGAUAUAUCUUACUCUCCUGCUGUACAGAGAAUAUCAUUUGCUGCACCAGAAGUCAUGGCUGCAAAGGACCAGAUCACAGUCCAGGCGGAGCAGCAGCAGGCUUCCAUCUCCCUGUCCAAGGACCUUGACGAGGAUUCCUUCACUCCCAGCAGCCCGGCCACCGAGACCUCUGACAACAUCAGCCCGAUUGCUAGCCCCAUCCACACAGGUGAACUCAGCAUUCCUGUUGCAACAAUGUACGAUAGCACGACCUCUAUUGACAGUGCCACCAUGGUCCAUUAUGGUAGUGAGUCCACCAGCAGUCCAGCUGUGGAGACAUCCCCUUGUAUCACACCUCAUCCUAAUCCUGUCAGGUCCAGAUUUUUGGUGAGCUUCAUGGUGGACGCCCGAGGAGGCUCCAUGAGAGGCAGCCGACACAACGGGAUGCGCGUCGUAAUACCGCCGCAAACCUGCAACGCCCCCACGCGCAUCACCUGCCGGCUGGUGAAGUCGCAGAAGCUGGUGAGCCCACCGCCACUGGUGGAAGGAGAAGGGAUGGGAAGCAGGGUGAUUGCCCUGGGGCCAGCUGGCACCCGCUUCCAGGGCCCAGUCAUUGUGGAAAUCCCACAUUUUGCCUCAGUGGAACACACGGACCGGGAGUUGGUGGUCCUGCGGAGUGAGAACGGGUCAACGUGGAAAGACCACCUGAACUGCUGUGAAUCAGAACAGCUGGAGCAGCUGCUGAGUGGAAUGGAUGAAGACCUGGACUCCCCGGAGGAGCUGGAGCGGAAACGGAUUUGCCGCAUCGUCUCCAUGGACUUCCCGCUCUAUUUUGCAAUUGUUUCCCGGAUCAAGCAGGACACCGAGUGGAUCGGGCCCGAAGGUGGAGUGGUGUGCAGCACGCUCGUACCAGAGGUGCAGACCACGUUCCCCCCAUCUGCGGUAAUCAAGAGAGUCCGCCUGGGCCUUCAGGCUCAGCCUAUUCCUGAUGAGUUGGUGACGAAGCUGGUGGGCAACCAGGCAACGUUCAGCCCGAUUGUCACGGUGGAGCCCCGGAGAAGGAAAUUCCACAUCCCAAUCGGUCUUCGGAUCCCACUACCGCCCUCGUGGAGGAACAACGGGCAGAACACCUGUGAAGGAGACGAGACCAGCCUCCGGUUGCUAUGCAGCGUUAUAGGAGGAACAGGGACUGCCCAAUGGGAAGACAUCACAGGAACCACCAAACUUAUCCAUGCAAACGACUGCGCAAAUUUCACCACCAAUGUGUCAGCAAGGUUUUGGCUGGCAGACUGUCCUCGGACUGCAGAGGCUGUGAACUUUGCCACCCAAAUCUACAAUGAGUUGAUGGCUGUGCCCUACAUGGCCAAGUUUGUGGUGUUUGCCAAGAUGCACGAUGGGAGAGACGGCCGCCUGCGGUGUUACUGCAUGAGCGAUGACAAGGUGGACAAGACCCUAGAGCAACACGAGAACUUCACUGAAGUGGCAAGGAGCAGGGACAUUGAGGUCCGAGAAGGAAUGCCACUGUACGUGGAAUGUUCCGGCAACAUUGUGCCUGUGAGGAAAGCAGGACAGCAGCGGUGUUUCAACUUCCACUCAUUUAAAGAAAACCGCCUCCCCAUCACCAUAAAGGUGAGGGAUCUCAGCAAAGAGCACACUGGUCACAUCUCCUUCCUUCGAAAGCCAACAAAAUACGAAGAGCAACAGCACAUCAUCUGUAACCUAAACAUCACCAUGCCUCCCUGUGUGAAGAUCGACGGAAGUGAGGAGCGGCGACGGAACCUGACCCCUCUGGCCCUGCGCGAGCGGUACAGCACGUUAACCGAGCCAGCAAUGGCUUCCCUGAGUGCUUGGGAACGCACAGAAAUGAAGAUGUCGCUGAUAGCUGAGCAGCUGGGUCUCAGCUGGGCUGAGUUAGCGAGGGAGUUGCAGUUCUCGGUCGAUGACAUCAACAGGAUCCGUGUGGAGAAUCCCAACUCACUGCUGGAACAGAGUGCUGCCCUUCUCAAUCUGUGGGCCAGUCACGAGGGAAAGAGAGCCAAAAUGGAGAGUUUACAUUCGGCACUGAAGAAUAUCGACCGCAGUGACAUAGUGAGUAUACUGGAAGGGUCCAGUUUGAACAGCCACCCUCUGAAAGGGAAUACAAAGCACACAGAAGGAGACCAAAGCCUUUCUCCAGCUGUGAAUGGUUUCACCACAGUACAGGAUGAGAUGCUAUCACCUGCUUCGCUUCAGUAUACGAUGCCGUCUCCGCUUCAAGCUGACCAGUUCUGGAAUGACGUCACAAGCCUGGAUGUUAACCCCAGUGCACGCACUGACAACGAUUCCCUGAUGGAGAUGUCCGACGUCAAUGUCUGGUCGUCGGGUGCAAAGCCGCCCCUGGUGGUAGCUGAAGACUCCUCCCUGGACUACAGCAAGGCUGAUGAAUCAUUUCCGGCCGAAGGACUGAGUUCCUUUAAUCUCACUGAGGAGGACACAGUCGAUUCAGAUGCCAUCAAUGGGCUGAUAGAUAUGCUCGACAAUGAAGGUGGUCAGAGGUCAGAGAUGACAGAAGGAGAGACUCCAACCAAGCUGGCAGAGGAGGUGAAUACAGAGAAUGGCAUUUCUAUAAUUUCAGGGCAACAGAGAGCACACGACAGAUGGACAGGGUCACCAACACUGAGACGAGCAACGCCCGACAUCAAACAGCCAGACCAGAAUAUGGAAAGCUCUCAAGCACUACCUUACACUGUGUCAUACCAAACAGUCCAGGAGGAGAGGGGGAGGGUCCCUGAGUUCGAAGGGGCUUCGGUGAUGACCUCAACUUCAGAGCCCUGGAAGCCUGGCUUCAUUGCAUCGCAGAAGGAGGCUUGGGCCGAGGUUCUGAAGCAGUGGCCUGCUGAGAGCUUGUCCCAUGCUAUAAAGCAAAGCCCAAGCAGAACGCAGACUGAGGAGAGGCUCGCGCAGCUGGUGGAGCACACGGAGCAGAAGCAGUCACCUCCCUUCUUGCGUCGGAAAGAUGUACAAGGUCCCCUUUGCUCAACCCCUGGCAGCUCAACAGUUCAGGACGUGGUUGAUCCGCGCAGCAGUUGGAUAACUGUGGAGGAGGAGGUGGUGAAUUCGAGCGAGGAGGAGCUAGACAAGGAGCUCGGGGAGAACGAGACCAGCUCCGACGAUGAGGAGAUCGUCACUACCAGGAUCAUCCGAAGGAGGCUGAUUGUUAAGGGUGAAGAAGCAAAGAACAUUCCAGGCGAAUCAGUGACAGAAGAGCAGUUUGUUGAUGAAGAUGGCAACAUCGUCACUAAGAAGGUUGUCCGAAAGGUUGUCCGAAGGCUCGCCCCUGGCGAAGGGAAGGAAGAGACAGUGGAGGUGCUACUCCCAGAUCCAUCAGACCUAGAAAAUGCAGCAGGAAACUUAACAAAGUACAACAUAUUAACACGAGACAGCACAAGCAGUAAGCUAGGAGAGAGGGAUAGUGCCUUGUACAGUGAGUGGAUUCAUGGUCGAAUGGGCGCACAGAUUGUGAAGAAAAUCAGCUCGCACAUGAAUACGCCAAAGCAGUGAUUUAGGGAUAAUUACAUAAAGGAUACUGUAACUACAACACGGCCUUGAGAGGAGGAAGCAGACAGACUGGGGGCUGUGAGAGAAAAAGACUUUACAUUAGGCUACAGGCAUGAUUUCUAUAAGAGAGUUACUAUUAUCAAUUAGCAUGAUUGACUGCCAAAGCAUGUACUCUAUUGUACCGCCUAAAGGACUGAAUGAUUACCAUUGGCACAAAGCUGGGAGGCACGCCACCAACAGAAUAAGCCGGAAGAACGCCCUGCAACCAGGGCCGCAUCCGAACAGCAAUAUCAAAACAAAAUUCAGUCGCUUUACCGCUCAUGUUUUUAAUUGGGUUUUAACUAGCGAGUGGAGUUUCCAAUACAGUUGUUUUGCUGUCUGUGGUUAACUUAAUACUAUGCAAAAACAGCAAUGCACUGCAAUAUACACAACAGCUGUCAGGGUAGGUACCAGACCAGCUGUCUAAAAGACAACUUUAGUUUGCAUUAAUGCUUUCCUGUCCCUCCUCCCCAUCCCACCAUUUGCUCGCUCACCGCUAAUCCUUAGAGGACAAAUUGUGCUUUGCGGCUUUUAAAUUCUGUUUCUCUAUUUUUUUAAAGAAUUUCUUUUUCUGUUGAGAUUUGUGUUUGGUUUGAAUAUCGUCCUACUCCAGAAGAGGGCAGCUUUCUAUGUUCGAUGUACGUAUUAAACAGUAAAGAGCCACCGUGUGAGUCUCUGUGAACCCUUACCCUAAAGCCUGCUCAGUACUGGACCAGACCGUGUCAGUUUUUGAUCUCAUACGAACUGAGCACGGGAGGUUUAAUUUCCCCUGUUCAGCCACUCGGUUAACCUACUCUGAGCAACAUUUCUGCACUUUUGCAGCAUGCAGGACAUUCAACAUAAAUACUUCAUAACUGCAAGAAUUCUUAUUUUUUUUUAAACAUGAGCCUAUUUUUCAGUUUGGCGUUGUCUCUCAAAAUCUGUUAUAGUUAUUACUUCAGGUUCCCCAGUACUGUUCAUCACCAGCAGCACGGGCUUCGAAACACAAGUUGUGAUGCCCUCUAAAUCCCAACCUUGCGACACAUGACUGCUUGUUCCGGACUGUCUGGCAUGUUACAAACACUGCUUGAUGAUUAAGCCCCAUUCACAGUCCCUUAGACUGGGUGGUUAAUAUGCCACUCCCAUUCUGAAAGGAAUUUUAUCAUUCUUUAUCGAAAUAUGGGCAAGGCAGGUCACACCUGUUGAGCAAGUGAGCAUUACCAUGGAAAAGUUAAGAGCUGGCUGCAUUGGUGUGCGACAAGAUUUCUGGGUAGGUUAGGUCAAGACGAGGAGCUCCUUCCCAAAAGGACACUGAUGAUUCAAUCGAAUGUUUAUGAUAAUCUGACAGCUUCAUGGUGAUUUUUACUGCUGCCUACUUUACAUUUCCAAAGUUUUAAAUACUGUAUUGAAUUUAAAUUUUGAAGCAAUUACUCUAUGUGGUACUCCCGAUGCAGCCUCCUCUACGUUGAUGAGACCCAUCAUAAAUUGGGCGACUGCUUUGUUGAGUGUCAAAAGCAGAAUUUCCCAAUGGCCAAACAUUUUAAUUCUUCUUCCCAUUCCUUGUCUGACAUAUCAGUCCAUGGAUUGCUCUUUUGCCACAAUGAGGUGGAGGAGCAACUCCUCAUAAUCCGUUUGGGUAGCCUCCAAUCUGAUGACAUGAACAUAGAUUUCUCCUUCUGGUAAUUUUUUCCCUUCCCCUCUUCACUCUUCUAUUCCCCACUCUGGCUUCUUACCUCUUCUCAGCAGCUGCCUAUCACCUCCCCCUGGUGCCCCUCCUUCUCUUUCUCCCAGAGUCUACUCCCCUCUCCUAUCAGAUUCCUUCCUCUCCAGCCCUUUACCUUUCCCACCUACCUGGCUUCAUCUACCACCUUCUCACUAUCCUCUUUCCCCUCCCUGCCCUACCUUUUUAUUGUGGCUCCUUCCUCCUUCCUUACCAGCCCUGAAGAAGUGUCUUGGCCCAAAACAUCGACCGUUUAUUCAAUCCCAUAGAUGCUGCCUGACCCACUGAGUUUCUCCAGCAUUUUGCUUUGGAUUUCCAGCAUCUGCAGAAUCUCUUGUGGUUUUGAAACUAACCUGCAGUCGUGCUACUUAAGAGAUCUUAAGAACUUUCUUAAAGCAAAUUCUCAUUACUUGAGCCCUGCUUCAAGUAAUCAUUGGCAUCAUUAUCUGAUGCCAAUGGUAAUAGAUAUGGACUAACUGUUACCAUUGGCAUCAACCCUAUUGCUUGCCUGAAUGGAUGCUGAAUUUUUUGCUCAGGAAUGUCUGUCCAACAGCCUCUGUAUUUGUCCAGCUAACUGGAGGUUUCCACAUUCUCCCUUCCUCCUUUGGCCUCUGGUUUGAGUACUUCCUGUUUAGCAACACGCAGGUAUGUGUCUGCUUCGAACUUGGGAGCUUAAUAACUGCAGUAUUUCUUUUCGCAGAUGGGACUGGCUUAGAUUAGCACUUUGGUCAGCAUGGCCAAGGCGGAUUGAAGAACCUGUCUGUCUCUAAUUUAGAGAGCAGUGCAAAAGGUGUAAAUGGUAACAGGCUUGGCACGGGUCGUGUCUGCCCUCUAGUGUGACCACGGGUAAUUUUGUAGGAGCUGGCUGUCCCUGAAAAAAAAAUAGAGAGAAGUAGUAGUACUGCGAUCCCUCGAGUUGAGUAUGAUGUUCUCCUAAAGGGUUGUCUAAUGGUGGGUCUUCAGGUGACUGCAGAGGCCGAGGAGUUAUCCUCAUAUUCUGCCUCUGCGUGAUUUUAUUUAACGUGGGGAGGCUCUAGCACAGGCAAACGCCACUAGGUCCUUGACAGAUCGGGGUCAGGGUCCAGAGGCGUGAAAUGCAAGAAAGCUGGGGAAUCCUUCACUGUUGCAGUCUUCUUCUGCCUUCAAUGGCUUUGUGAUGUGUCAUCAUCUUCUGCCAGCUCCACUACUGAGGUCUCGCUUGGAUCACUCUUCGUCUGGUACCUCCCCCUUGACCUUACCGCCCUAGGUGACCCCACCAGGAGCUAAAAAUCCCGAGGGCAUUGCUCAUGGGACCCCAGGAGCUCCAGAGUCUCUCCACCACAACAAGGUACCAAUCCUCAGAGAAGUAGAGAGCAGAGCGAGGGGGGUCAGUGGUAACAUGGGUCGGGCUCGUCCAUAGGUGAUGCACCAGCAAAGUUCGCUGGGAAUGGGGAUCAGGGAAGCUUCACAAACACCUAGAUGGCAGGUCCAUUGUCAGAAUUAGCCCUACCCCUGAAUAACAUCACUUACGAUGGGGAUGAAAGCAAAACUGGACUUGAACGUGAAGUUGAGCUUGUUAUAUAGGCUGUCAGUGCUGACGACAUUGAUAUUUUGCACUUGUUUGCCUCAAAUGGCAUUCAUUACCCAAGCAAUAACUCCACUAAAUUAGAGCUCUGUGUCCAAUUGGCUUGAACUGGUGACUCUGAUCAAGGGAGAGCAGAGUUUAUGGAUAACUACACGCGGCAGGGAAACUUGGUACACAGUGACGAUAUCUCCAGCUGAAUGGGCAAGAGGUAGUGAUUGGGGCAACCAUCAGAACAGGGUGGGCCACAUCUUCUGUAAAGACGAAAGGAGAGCCUUGCACUGACUGUAGCCUCUUCCACAAACCCAAUCAAGCACCUUUGAAGUGUGUCACCACUGUAAAAUAGGAAACACAUCAAUUUUAACGUGCACAUACAGGAAGCACCCCAAGCUGUAAAAUGAUAAUGAUCAAUGAAUCUUUCACUGAUGUCGAUGGAGAAUUAACUAUUAACAAGGGCACAAGGGAGAACUUCCUGAAAUACUUCAAAGUAACACCACAGAAUCCUUUAGAUCCUGCCGCAGGAACAGGUAGAGCCUCAGCCUGAUGUCUGAUCCACGUAGCAUUGUCUCAUCGACGGUGCCCAGGUGGGAGCUGUGAUUGAAUCCUGAUCAACAGGCUUCAUUGCAGCCGUGUUAGCUGCCCGGGUAUGGUCAUGCUUGCCCGAGACCCAUUAUCUGUUCUUUCUGGAAGGUGACUUCCUACACCGCACGUUGUUAGUAAUGCAGACUGCAGAUGCUUGAAUCAGGAGCAACACACAAAAAGCUGUAGGAACUCAGCAGGGGAGAUAUUUACUGAUCUAGACCAGAUGAAGGACUUGGGCCCAAAAUGUUGACUGUCCAUUUCCCUUCAUUAAUACUGUCCGGCCUGCUGAGUUCCUCUAGCUUUCCGUGUGUUGCUAAUAAUGGGAUUGUACCUGAAACAAGGAGAUUUGCCUUGGAGUAUCUAAUCAGACAUCUGAGAAGGGGAGGUAAUCCAGUUGAUGUGUAAAGUAUGGCAGAGAAUGUGGGGGAGGAGGGGAGAAAAAUCUUUGUGAGUAGUAGUGAGACCCUCACCGUGACCUUCCACACAUUCCACCCUACGUGGUAUGCCUCCAAUUGCCUCCAACAUCUAACCAAGCAAAUCAAUACUACAGGCUCAGAUUCCUCCUCCAGCAAUGUAAUGGAUGUGUGUGCAAAGUCCAUCGCUGGUUUCUUACAUGCCCAGAAAAAAAAGAUCUUCUCCUUGACCAGUCUGAAGAUGGCCAUUUAUCACAGAGUCUUGGAGAACCUCUCCUGAACACACAGAAUUGCAUUGUGCUCACAUCUGUGAAGGUGCAAGCACACAUUGGCCCCACAGGCACACAGAUGCAGUCCAUAUCUUCAUCAAGGAUGUGAAGUCCAGAAGGAAUCAAUCCUUUGAUGAGAGUGAUGUUCCUGGAAAUAGUUGGCACUGCACCACUUGACCUCACCUGUACAAUACGGCUUCAAACAUCCCUUACUGCUGAGAAUGGAGAGCCCACAGAUCUCCUAGACCAGACAAAAACAGAAACUCCACUAGUGAGUAGGUAGUGCAACAGAGGAGUCUAAGACCAGAGGACACAGCAUCAGAAUACAAAGACAUCCCUUUAGAACAAAGAUGAGGGGGAAUUUCUUUAGCUGGAGGGUGAUGAAUCUGCAGAAUCCACUUCCACAGAUGACUGCAGAGGCCAAGUCAUUUUAUUUAAAGCAGAAGUUGAGAGGUGGUUGUGAUUAGUAAGGCAUUAAAUGUUAUGGGAAGAAGACAGGAGAAUAGGAUUGAGAGGGGCAUGAUGGAAUGGUGGAGCAAACUUGUUGGGCCAAAUGGCCUAAUUCUGCUCCUAUUUCUUAUGGUGAAAUAACAGAGUUAUUUUUAUUGACUGGUUUUAAUGUGAGGAUUAAAGUGACUCUGGGGCUGAUGAGCAUGAGGUUAGGAGUAGUCUGUGGGCAAGUGAUACUGCGAUGCACAUGAACCAUGUGCCUUAGGGCCUCAAGGAGUGCACCUUGUAUAAGCAAUGUUGAUAGCCCCAGUUUCCUGCAGAAUGUGUGACCUUACAGCACCACUUUCACCAGUAAAUUGGUAAUUUGCAGCAGAUUUGUAAAGGGCAGGGUUUAUGUCCACCUCUGGCCCAUGCCAUAUCCUGCCAGGUGAAUAGAAGAGGAGCUGAUCUUCAAAGACACCAGGAGCCUCCAGACAUCCUGGAGGAAUGAAGCAGCUCGGGUAGGGAAGAUCCAGUGUCCAAGAACAUGUUCCCUUCCCCUGCAGAUGAGCCCACAAACAUUGUAUUUCCAUUGCACUCUGUUUGGUGUCAAUUCAAACAGCCAGUGACCUCCACCUGACCAGCAUGCCACAGCAAAUUACUAAUAUCGUGUAAAUGUAUGUAGCGAAUAAAAUUGAUGUUUAUCUUUGAUGACCAUGACUGGAUUUUCAUCUAAAGGCCAUGGAGUGGCAAUGAAAGCAUUCUGCCCCAUGGUGAAAUCUCUGGGCCGCUUAGUUUGACUGAUGCUAGAUCAGAACAUGGAGAACUCCUCUGCUACUCGAGUUAUAACUGUAAGAUCUCUUGUGUUCACCGACAAGAGCAGGUGAGACUCCAGGAUCCUCUUCUGAAAGGUGACUGCUUGGAGAUCACAGAUCACCCUCAGAGCUACAACAGAGAGAUACAUGCAGUGGUGUAUGCAGAUGGGCCUGGGGCGGUUACCAUCAUGACCCCUGAACCACAGGCAUUUCUCAAUGUAAAAUUUUAUUUUCACUUGUCCAACACAAUUGCAAAAAAUGUUGAGUGAGAUAUUGUUAUUUUUUAUGGUCUACCACAAUUGCAAAAAUACUUUCACUUUAUUAGGUGGCUCCUGUAUCUAAUAAAGUGGCCACUGAGAGCAUGUUCAUGGUCUUCUGCUGCUGUAGCCCAUCCAUUUCAUUGUUCCACAUGUGUGUUCAGAGAUGUUCUUCUGUGCACCACUGUUGGAACGCAUGGUUAUCUGAGUUACUGUCGCCUUCCUAUCAGCUUGAACUAGCCUGGCCAUUCUCCUCUGCCCUCUGUCAAUAACAAGACAAAAACUACCACUCACUGGACAUUUUUUUGUUUUUUCACACCAUUCUCUGUAAAUUCUGGAGACUGGUGUGCAAGAAAAUCCCAGGAGAUCAGCAGUUUCUAGGAUAUUCAAACCACCUCAUCUGCAACCAACAAUCAUUCCACGGGCAAUCACUUUGAUCACAACUCUUUCCAUUCUGUUGUUUGAUCCAAACAACAUCUGAACCUCUUGACCAUGUCUGUAGGCUUUUCUGCAUUGAAGUGACGCUACAUGAUUGGCUGAUUAGAUAUUUACAUUAAUGAGCAGGUGUACCUAAUAAAGUGGCCACUGAGUGUAUCUCCAGUUAAAAGUCAGACAGUAUUGGAUUUUCCAAGAUCAGCAAAGCCCCAGUAACAAACAAGGUUCCAAUAGCAGGCGGAAACAGACAUUGGCCCAACUGCCUCUCUUAGAGUAGGCUGAGCUCUUACCUGUUACUUCAGAGCCACAAGGACGACACAAAAAUACAGCAAGUCUGCAGAUCCCGGAAAUCCAAAGCAACACACACAAAGCGCUGGAGGAACUGAUUUCCUCCAGCAUUCUGUGUGUGUUCCUCCACCAAGGACAUCCAUUCAUCACUUCAAUGCAGCCAAUGAGUUGACUUCUGUUCCCAUUAUUUUCUCUGGACUACUAAGUCCUUCCCUGAUGCUUCUGUCUUGUGGGUUCCUGUCUCUUAGUUGAUGCCAUAUUGUGAAGCACAAGAAGGCAGUGGACGUUUCUGCAUUGCAGCCAAGUUGCUGGACUUAGAGCAGUGAACAGACCUUGUGUUAUUCAAUUAACACAGACCUACAUCUGGCAGCUUCUCUCUGGUUAAUUGAAUGCAGUGUCCGGGGUGUAAGCACUGAUUCCUCCACAAAGACUCUGUCCCAGCCAAUCUGGGGCUAGCAUCUCUGGAAGGUACUCCCAGAAUGCACCUUAUUGGCCUAUUUCUAGGACAUGUACGUUGGCUCCUUUACAAACCAUGAUGCAGUUCAAUUAAAUACUGACGACCGCAGGCAGUUAUAACAAACCACUGACAAGGAGAAUGCAGGAGUAAGAAAGCCAGGAGCAACACCUUGCAGUCUGUUCGCAGUUGUUUCUUAAUCCUCCCCCACCUCCUCAAAGAGCCUCCAACCAUAGCCAAGAUGAAAUCAGCUUUUACCCCUCAGUACAAUGUUGAAAGAUCCCUAUUCGUGGCCUGUGUGAAUUAAUCCACACAAAGAGAAGCAGUCUUUAGAUGGUCUGCAUUGAGUCCUGGCUUCAGAGAUUUGAACUAAAAGAAUAUGCACAAGCACACACUAGUUCAGGACAAGCUGUGGCACCAUCUUCACCUUCUGACAGGGAUAUAAGGGCUUUUGCCUUCUGACGCUGCGCAGCCACACAACAAAGAGCUGCUGGCGAUGGGGGUGUCCUUCACUGAUGGUGGAGGGCAGAAAAUACUGCAAUAAUUGAUACUGAUCAAGGAGAGUUACUAGUUUCAGUGGGGAAAAAAGUGAAGUGAUGGUGAUGCAAACAACAGGAAUUCUGCAGAUGCUGGAAUUUCAAGCAACACACAUAAAAGUUGCUGGUGAACGCAGCAGGCCAGGCAGCAUCUCUAGGAAGAGGUGCAGUCGACAUUUCAGGCCGAGACCCUUCAUCAGGACUGAUGGUGAUGAGUGAGCAAGUGAGAAUUAUUUGGAAAUGGUAGAUGCACGCAUCUUACCCCCUUUCUUUCCAGUCCUGAUGAAGGGUCUCUGCCCGAAAUGUCCACUGUUUAUUCCUCACCAUAGAUGCUGCUGAGUUCCUCCAGCACUUUGUGUGUGUUGCUGGUGGAUGUCUGUCAUCUGCAGAAUCUCUUAUGUUUACACCUCUAAACACCCACAAAUGUUCCAUUGGAACUUAGCACAGGCUAAUGGGAUUAUCUACACACACCUCAUUAAUCUACUUUCAUUGUUCCCUGAAUGGGGAACUCAAGGCCCCAGUAUUUAUUUCCUCUAGUUAAAGUUUUGAAUGUUUAGAAGAUGAGGAAGCACGAACCAAGUGAACACCUUCCUCUUCUGGUAAUGUGUUGGACGUUUGCAGGCAGUAAAAUGCCACAGGCUGUCAGAGCGUAAGGUUCAGUAUUGUACCAUGUCAUGGAGGAACUGCAAAUCCAUGUAUGCAUUAAACCAAGGCUCAAAGCUAUUCUAAUUGACAGAAAGUAUUGAUUGUGAGGCAAAGAGGUGAAGGCUUUCUAUUUUAUUUUUAAUUUUUAUUUAGAGAUACAAAGAGCUGCUGGUGAUGUGUCCUUCACUAAUGGUGGAGGGCAGAAAAUGCUGCAAUAAGUGGUACUGGUCAAGGAGAGCUGAAAUAAGAGUCCCAGCCCACUGUCCCUCAUUGCCCAAUUACACCCACGUAACCAAUUAACCUUCUAACCCCCACGUCCUUGGAAUGUGGGAGGAAACCCACGCGGAGAACAUACAAACUCCUUCAAGACAGCGGCAGGAAUUGAACCAGAGUUGCCGGCACCAUAUUAGAGUUGUGCUAACCACUAUGCUACCACGCCACCCCCAAACUAAUGAAAUCCUUUAUUUCCGAAUCUGGAGAGCAUGAAAGCCUUCCGUUUGAAACCAGAUUCUCGACAUUAGUCAGGCCAUUUGCUCGCCAUGAUUAAUAAGCACACCUAGCCAUGGGCUGCACUUACUGACCUGGAUGAAAAGAAUGCACAGAUACAGAGAGACAAAGAAAGAAUAUUUGUCUCCUAAAGCUGUGACUCGAGAAGCCUUUCACCCUUCCCAUUCGAGGAAAGUCCUGCUGAAUCCCUGCUUCAUAAAGCCGAGGAAAGGAUGAUCGACAGUAAGCCUUUCUGUCGUUUUAUUGUGUAUCAUGCUUUUAUUUCCUCUGAAUUUAUACCUGACUCCAUGUAGGUGGGGUUCACAGGCUAAGCAAUUGCAUUAAAACCUCUGGACUCUUUUGGGUUCAGAAGAAUUCACAAACCUUAAAGUACAAGGAUCAAUGGCAAGGCCCGAAUGGAAAAUGGGAAAUCUCCUGUGGUAAUUGUAUACAGUUGAAAGAGAUCCUACAGUUCACUUAUAGCAAUAAUACGAUGAACACUCCCCAGCUCCUUUGCACACCUUGGACUUGUGGCUGUAGACUUGUAGGCUUGGACAUUCCAUCAGCCCAGCACCUCUCCGCUCUGGGUUAAAAUCAGCAAUCCGGGUCAGUGCCUGAGAUCUCUAAGGGUACAGAUGACGGCUCUGUCAAAUAACAGGAUACCCCCGUUCAAAACGGCUGUUUUGCAGAGACUCAGUGACGAUCGACGAUGAGGAAGAGUGUCGCCAUUGAGGCCCGCGUGGCGGGAGCACGGGUCAUGCACAAGCGGAGGGGCGAUGGCGGGAGUGGGAGAGAAAGGGCAUGGUCACUGUCAGAGCAAGUGGAGAGUGAAGGGGUGGUAGGUGGAGUACAAGCUGAUUUGGAUUUGUAUUAAUCUUAUAGCAUCUCACUGUAAGAAAUGCUUCAGCAUUUGCACAGAACUUGUAUCAAGCAUCAGCAGGAAUGUUUAGCACUCUGACUGCUCAUCAGGUUCAAAGCUAUGGCUGUUUAGAUAUUAAACUGUAGAAUGCUGAUAAUCAGUGAAAUCUCUCUUGCACAGCUUUUUAGAAUUUUACCAAUGCCUCUUGGGUUUUUUUUUAAAUCGUCGUUGUGAAGAGAAGCCUUUUAAAUUAGAUUUACCUGUAUCAAAGAAUUGUAUAAAGAAAAUAAGUUUAACAGAAAAGCCAUUUCUCUGUACACCAGCUGAAGACUUCAAAAACAAAUUAAAGGAGUUAUUUAAAACACUUGACUCUCCGGGAGCUUUUUAUUCUGUGUCAGCUACACAGGAGGAGCCCGCGUGGCCGAUCGCUGUGCCCAGAGGGUACAUAUGUGCGCUCGAUUUCCGUGAUGUUGGACAAGGUUACCAAGGUUCUGCAUUUAUGGAUUUGGACUAUGGACUUUUUCAGUCUUAUGUU